UGUUCUAGCAAGCAUUGGGAUUGAAAUGUCUGUUCCAAGAAUCGCAAGGAUACACUUGGUUUACCAGUUCAUCAUACUUAUAUUCCUACUCCUAUUCGUCUUUGCAAUAAGUUACAACGAAGUACUACUAGAUAAGAGAAUCUUAUUCUUAGCUUUGAUUCCAAUCUUCUGUUACCAACUGUUAAUUGUCUUCUGCUGCACGGAACUGCUGCCUCUUCCUACCUGGUACAGUGUGGCAGACGAUGCUCAGAAUGAAAUUCCCAUCAACCAUAAGCAUAACUCGGAUAAUAAAGGAUUACAAGAAGCCGCUUCAAGCGAAGUCUCGAAAUCUCCCAAACAAUCGAAAGUCAUAAGCCCUACCAUUCCUAGAGCUCGUCUUCUCACUAAGAACAAAGAAACACUUAAUGCUGUUUCGUCAAGCGACGCAAAUACCCAAACGAAUGUGUCCGAUAUUUUUAAGAAAGCACCCAUUUUCUCUAAAGCAAGUGCUAGACGAUCGGAAUCAACAAAGAGUUAUGGCUUCAAUCAACGGGGAAACAACUUUGAAGAACGUUUCGACUCAAAUGAGAAUGUUCGAUGUUUCAAAACUCGAAAUUGGAGAGCCUAUCAGGAUCAAAAGGGUUCAAAAUCUCAGUCGAAUCUGAAAAGUCCAAGCCACUUCAUAGAAGAAAGAAAAGAGGCUACUUCUCCAAAGUUGGAAACUUUGGAAGAAUCAAUUGAAAGUGACUUGACAGUUGAAAGUGAUUUAUCUAGAAGUUAUUCAUUUCCUUUUCGCCAAAGAAAACAUAGUAGGCGGAUGGAAUUGGAGGAUAAUCUGAAUGAUUUGAACAUUCCUGUUAUGCCAGCUUGGAAUGCCAUAGAUUAUUUCGGUCCCUCAAAUACCAAUAAAAGACGCAAGUCCAUUUCAACAGAAGCAAUCGACAGAGAGUUACGAUUAAUUAGUUCCCAUUUCGAACAAAGUGCAAAGAAUGACUUCACCCAAUCUAUGGAAGUUGCGAGGGAAUCUGUUGCUGAGCCUGUAAUUAGUACUAAAAGAGGUUUAAAAUCGUCUGCCAGCUUUAAUAAGUGGAAGCAAGGAUUUGCCAGUUACUUCAACAAGCCCAAGCGAGAAAAUAUGAGAACAGACGAUGUUAAAGAUCGAGAUAAUAAAAAGCCCUUUUUUAAAGAACUAUUUUCAUCCAAAGAGGUUUUGUUUAAAGGACCAGAAAAAGGGACAGAUUCGAACGAAAGAAGUGACAGUCCAUAUCCGAAAUUAAAUAACAGGUUGAAAAUAAGUAAUAGAUCUCCUACAUAUAUUUCCUAUGAAACUGAUUAUUUUUUAGAUUAAUGGUCAAAUGUUUCUAUUAAUUAAGUAGCAAUUUUAUUUUAAAAUUCUUUAUGCUAUCUUUUUGUGUUAGUGAUCCUGGUCCUUCAAAAUCGACUCUUUUGGAAUGUGUUGGUAAAUGCUUCUAGGAAAGUCUAAUUAUUUUAACCCAUUUAGAAUUUAAAAUUUUUUAUUCUUUUCUCAAACGUUGAUGAAUACUGCUUUCCAAAAUUGGCUAUUUUGUAAAUAAGAUUGGCUAUUUUUGUAAAUUAACCAUAUUAAUUUUUAGCAUAUUUUAAAUUGUAUCAAUCUCUUCUGAAGAGAAAAAAAAUAGCUUGUAAUCAAUUCCAAUAAGCUAUCACAUUUACCAUUUGCAUAAUUUAAUUCUGUGUAAUGUGUUCGAUUAAACUAUUUUCUAGUUUUUCUUAAAAGCAACUUUGUUUUAGUUUUUAAUGUUGAAUUUUCGAUUCCUCAUUUUAACUUAUAAGUUGUGUCAUUUGUCCUCAUGUGAUAAGUAUUUAUAAAUGUUUUUAUGUAUUUGAUCAAUAAAUUCCAUGUAGAUAUUUUUUUAACUGAC